AUGAAGCGUUUAUCAAGAGUCUUUGGCCGCGGUUCGUCUGAGCCGAAGGUCGAGCAGGUGGUUUCUGUUCAGACCAACGGCGCCUCUGAACCCAACCAUGUAGCCAAAGACGCUAUAUCAAAGCCAGCAGUGGCUCAUAUUGCAGUCAAUGAACCCUGGAUUGUGGAAGAGCGCUCUAUCGAUGCAUACCGUCCCAUGAGGGUGGUUGUUAUCGGCUCUGGAAUCUCUGGCAUCAUCUCGUCAAUCCGUCUCCGGCAAAGGAUCGGCAAGCUGGAUCUUUGCGUCUAUGAAAAGAACGCGGAUAUUGGAGGUACCUGGCUCGAGAACAGAUACCCUGGCUGCGCAUGCGACAUUCCUGCCCACACAUACCAGGCCACUUUUGAGCCAAACAAAGAGUGGUCAACCUUCUACGCUGCGGCUCCAGAGAUCCACAAGUAUUGGAAGCAUGUAUCAGCCAAAUAUGGCUGCGAAAAGUACAUCAAGUUCAAGCAUAGAGUUGUUAGCGCAACGUGGGACAAUGACCGAAGCAAGUGGACACUGCAGGUCAAAAAUCUCGAUAGUGGCGAGGUCAUUGAGGAUCAAUGUGAUGUGGUGGUGUCAGCUAGCGGCGCUCUGAACGAAUGGAAAUGGCCCAGUAUCCCGGGUCUCCAUGACUUUAAAGGAAAAUUGAUGCACAGUGCGAACUGGGACGAGAGCUAUGAUUACAGCGGCAAGAGAGUUGCUGUCAUCGGAAACGGGUCCAGCGGUAUACAGAUUGUCCCUGGAAUGCUGCCGGAAGUGACCCAUCUCGAUCACUACAUCAGAGGCCGCACUUGGCUCUCUCCCACCUUUGCGCGUGAGCAGGUCGACAAGCGUAGUGCAGAACUCGAGAACUGCUCGCCAGAACAAAUUGGAGCGACGGCUUUCUUCACCGAGAAUAUGAAGCGCCGGCUCAGAAAGAAGCCGGAGCUCAUCAACGAUCUUCUGCCAACAUUCGCCCCUGCCUGCCGUCGGCUGACUCCCGGGCCCGGGUACCUCGAGGCUCUCACGGACGAUAAAGUCGACGUCAUUUCAAACCCAAUUGUCAAGAUCGUUGAAGACGGCAUCGUCACGGAAGACGGACAACAUCAUCCAACCGACGUUAUCGUCUGCGCUACUGGGUUCGACACCACUUUCACCCCGCGGUUCCCUAUCGUCGGCAAGGACGGAGUGUCUUUGGCGAAGCGAUGGGAGGCAACACCCGAGAACUAUCUCUCCCUCGCCGUGGACGGGUUCCCCAAUUACUAUAUCUGCCUGGGUCCUAAUGCAGCGUUGGGCGAGGGCAACCUGCUCCUCCUGAUUGAGAAGGAGAUCGACUACAUCACCUACUGUCUUGCUAAGAUGCAACGGGACAAUAUCCGUGCAAUGAGCGUGCGUAAGGAGGCUGUCGAGCGGUUCACGAAACACUGCGACCAAUAUUUCUCACGGACAGUCUUCGGCAUGGAAUGCCGCAGCUGGUAUAAGGGCGGCUCGUUGAACGGCAGGGUUACAGCACUAUGGCCUGGCUCUUCUCUUCACGCGAUGAAGGCUCUCGCCCAUCCGCGAUGGGAGGACUACACCUAUGACUACGUCAACGACAACCCCAAUGGUUGGCUGGGUGACGGAUGGGCAGAGGAUGAGAGAAAUAAAAUCAUCGAUGUCGAUUAUUUAGACGAUGAUCAGGUCGACUUCCCUACGUCUGUGAUUGUAAAGCAGGAGCUGAACGGAGGGACGAAUGGGAUGACAAAAGGGGUGGCCCACUAA